AUUGGAGUUCAUACAAAUAGCACAGGCAAGGUAUUGUGAGCGAGAAAGUAAAGUCGGAGCAACUCCGAGAAAUCGGGGCCGCUCUAAUGCGGAGACAAUCUGGAGCAAAUAUGAGGGGAACCUUUACAGCGUGGGGUGCUACUGAUUUAUAGCAACAUGCCAACAGGGUCUACUUACACUGAGAAGUUUAACUCGAGAUCAUUCCAAUCUCCUCUCAUCUCACACGCUGUCAUAUGACUCAUUUGAAACAAGAACAAUGAAUAUCCUCAUCACCGGAGCCGCCGGAUUCAUCGGCCAACUUCUCGCAACAGAACUUCUAAACGACCCUGCAUACAAACUCGUUCUCGUCGACAUUGUUGACCCUCCAAUUCAAUCCGGCGUAAAAUACCCCCAAAACGCAAAAAUCAUCAAAACCGAUCUAGUAGCGGACAACCUCGAGACAUUGGUCCAUGAAUCCGCCCCUGAUGCCGUAUACGCAUUCCACGGAAUCAUGUCCUCAGGCUCCGAAGCCAACUUUGAGCUCGGGAUGAAAGCAAACGUCGACGCAACUCGUGCUCUACUCGAAGCUCUCCGUAAGAAAGCUCCUCCAGGUGUACGGUUUAUUUAUUCCUCUAGUCAGGCUGUAUACGGUCAACCUCUACCCAAGACCGUGACGGAUGAGGUUAUACCAACGCCCGAAUCAUCCUACGGCGCAGCAAAGCUUAUAUGCGAGGCAUUGGUUAAUGAAUAUACUCGUCGAGGAUUUAUUAUGGGUUUCACGCUCCGAUUUCCUACCAUCUCAGUGCGACCCGGGAAACCAACUGCAGCGGCAUCUUCGUUUUUAUCCGGUAUGAUUCGGGAACCCCUAAAUGGACAAGAGGCAAUUAUCCCUCUUGAAGAUCGAUCUUUUGAGUCAUGGCUCUGUUCUCCUAGGACACUAGUGCGGAAUUUGAUAUUUACUCUCUCUUUACCGGGAGAUUGUGUGCCGCCUCAUAUUCGCCAGAUCAAUGUUCCAGGGAUCUGUGUGACGAUUCAGGAUAUGAUGGAUGCACUGGAGAAAGUAGGCGGAAAGGAUAAAUUGGGGUUGCUGAAGGAAAAGGAAGAUCCGGUCAUUAAAAGGAUUGUGUACUCGUGGCCGACGAGGUUUGAUAAUAGUCAGGCUAUUGGAUUGGGGUUUCAGAGGGAUGAGUCGUUUGAGCAGGCUGUUAGGGAUUUUAAAGAGAGUGUGGAGAGUUGACAUUUCACCAGGUCGUACGAGAUCAAUGGUGGAAAAGCUCCAUAAUCAUGCAGUCAAUCAACAAAUAUCCCACACC